CCUGUCCAUCCCAGCGUCCUCAGGGUGCAGCCAUCCUGUCCUGUCCAACGACUGCUGCCGGCGCCCAUCUCCCAGCGGCCCACUCUGCUUCUCCCGCUUGUCUCCUCUCGACCAAGCCGUCCGUCGUCUCGAUUCCGUCACCUCGGCGGCAUCCAGUCCUUUGAUUUGUUGUCGGCGUCGGCUCUUCUCCGGCCGAUUCGCUCCUAGGCAUCGAUCUUCAUCCUGGCUCCUCGCUCGACUUUCCGCGGCACGCUUGCCUCCGCCCCCAUCGCCAUGAUGAACGCCCUGUGGGAUACCGGGCCCACAUCCAAUUCGGUGGUCGCGACCCAAAACCUGCUUCCGUUCCAGCUCGGGGCCGGCCUGGCUAUCGUCCUCGCCGGUGUCUCGCUCUGGUACAUCACCUUACCAUCGACAUAUAAGCGGUCCGGCUCUCGUGUCGGCAAGCGGGGCAAGAGGAGCAAAGGCGCUCUAAAAGAGGCGGCCUUCCCCGCUGGGCUCUACAACUUGGGCAAUACCUGCUUCAUGAACUCGGUGCUCCAGGCUCUCUCAUCGCUACCAAGCAUCAUGAUCUAUAUCAAACUGCGGACAGACGUCUAUCACUCGGAUCUGGUCCCUCCUCUCGAUUCCGGCGACAAACCGCCCCUCAUCGUCACCGAAGCGCUACUGGAACUUUGCAGAGCCCUCAAUGAGAUGCUGCCGAAUAAGCGAGUCCUCCGUCCAAGCAACAUCAUGAAUGCCCUCACGACCAAGAGCGGGAAUAGGCGACUCAUGUGUUACGAUCAGCAAGAUGCACAUGAGUUUUUGCAAGUGCUCUCCAGCAGCUUGACGAGCGAAGAAGUACCGGGACUUCCUUCAGUAGUCUCGCUCUUUGACGCCGAGCAAGCCACGAACGUGGCUCCGCGUGGGAUCCCUGGCCAGUCGACGGUGAAUCUUGUCUAUCUCGGCCAUUCCAUCGAGUACCUCCAGCAGCGUCAGAUCCGGAAUCCGCUUACUGGGCUGACAGCCCAUCGCAUUGCGUGCAUGCAGUGCGGAUAUGCGUCAACGAUCCGCCAUGCAACCUUCGAUAACAUUUCACUCGCGGUACCAGCAAAGCCCCAGUGCUCAAUCGAGAGCCUUCUCACGGCCUACGUAUCUCCCGAAUCCUUGCACGACUGGAUCUGCGACAAGUGCUCGUUAAUCGCCACCUACACAAGGAUCGGGCGUGAGCUCGAACGGCAAAAGCAGAUUGUUGGCUCUGCCGAAAGCAACCUCAAAGCCAUUCGCGCAAAAUCAAACAAGAAGGACGGGCAGAAAAAGUCUGCCUCCAAAGCUCACCGACAGGAGCUCGAGGACACGCUCCAAAGUGAGCUCGAUCACAUGCAUCAGCUCCAAAGCGACCUUGCUCUGGUCGAAAAGCUGAUCAAGAGCGACGUCGAGGGCAAGCUGCCCGACCACAUCAAGCGGGUCAAGGCCGCCUCUCCGUUGUCCCAGAAGCAAAUCCUUAUCGCCAACUCGCCACAGAGUCUUUGUUUGCAUAUGCAGCGGUCCGUGUUCUUGCCGACUGGAGCUGUUGUCAAGAACAACUGCCGGGUGCUGUUUUCCAACUUUCUGGACCUGACGCCCUUCAGCACCGGCACCAGCGGGUCAGGGAUCACCUCUCAACAGCAACCAUGGUCGCCGGCUGAACCAAAGCUAUCGCCAGCGAACGGUGUACCGUCGGCCCAUCCAGUUAACGGCACGGCUGUAAACGCUUCAGGAGCCGAAGACGGGCCCAGCUCAGAUGGCCCACCACCGGAAGAGACGGACGCAUCGGAGCACGAGAAGCUGCCUGCCCGGACGCCUGCUGUCGCUCGCAACGCCAAUCUGUUUCAGCUGCGGGCCGUUGUGCUGCAUUAUGGAAGCCACGACUCGGGUCAUUUCGUUACCUACCGCCGCGUCAGCGCCCCAUCACCCAACCAGUUCACCGAGAGCAGUGACGAAGCGGGACACACAUCCACAAGCAGCGUCGAAGAAGAAGAAGAAGCUGUCGAGAUCCGUGGACUGCGCGGAAAGCAGCUCCGCAAUCGUAAAGCCGGGGCGAAACAGCAGUCUCCGGCUGCCCCCAAAAAGCCUCCGGCGCCCCGCACACGAACUUUGGUCGGCGGUCAUCACCACGGCUCGCUGUCGGAUCGGUGGUUCCGCAUCUCUGACGACAAGGUCGAGCUCGUGCGGGACAUUGAGGACGAGGUCUUUGGCCACGGUGCGGCUUUCGUGUACAUGCUGUUCUACGAGAAGAUGUAA